UCUAACCGCUUGUCCUGAGCGCGCGGAGGACGAGCUCCGGCCGAGACCAGGGUGAGAGCCCCGUAGCCCGCCACCGAGGGAGACAGAGAGGGACAAAGAUCUCGGUAAUAUUUGCUAUAAUCAGCCUCCCAAACUACCCCCAGCACACUCACUCAUCCCACCCCCCAGGAGAGGCAGCCCGGAGGUCCGCUCUCUGAGCCCGGGGGGAAAAAGCUCCAGCCAUGAGCAACCAGUACCAGGAAGAAGGCUGCUCCGAGAGGCCCGAGUGCAAGAGUAAAUCUCCAACUUUGCUCUCCUCCUACUGCAUCGACAGCAUCCUGGGCCGGAGAAGCCCGUGCAAAAUGAGGCUUCUAGGAGCCGCGCAGAGCUUGCCUGCCCCGCUGGCCAGCCGCGCGGACCAGGAAAAAGCCAUGCAAGGCUCUCCCAAGGGCAGCAGCGCCCCGUUCGAGGCUGAGCUGCACCUGCCACCCAAACUGCGGCGCCUGUACGGCCCCGGUGGGGGCCGCCUCCUCCAGGGCGCCGCGGCAGCGGCGGCGGCGGCGGCCGCGGCGGCGGCGGCGGCAGCCACGACCACCGGCACCCCGGGUCCUCGUGGAGAGGUACCGCCACCGCCACCGCCCGCCGCGCGGCCAGGGGAGCGUCAAGACAGCGCCGGGGCCGCGGCCGCCGUCGCCGCCGCCGCCGCCUGGGAUACACUCAAGAUCAGCCAGGCACCGCAGGUGAGCAUCAGCCGCAGCAAGUCGUACCGCGAGAACGGGGCGCCCUUCGUGCCACCGCCGCCCGCGCUCGACGAGCUGGGUGGCCCGGGGGGCGUCGCGCACCCCGAGGAGCGCCUGGGCGCGGCCAGCGGACCCGGCAGUGCCCCGGCGGCUGGUGGUGGCACGGCCGCCGAGGACGACGAGGAGGAGCUCUUAGAGGACGAAGAGGAUGAAGAUGAGGAAGAGGAGCUGCUGGAGGACGACGAGGAGGAGUUGCUAGAGGAUGAUGCCCGGGCGCUGCUCAAGGAGCCCCGGCGCUGCUCUGUGGCCGCCACCGGCACGGUGACCGCCGCCGCCGCGGCCGCCGCCGCUGCCGCCGUGGCCACCGAGGGCGGAGAGCUGUCGCCCAAGGAAGAGCUGUUGCUGCACCCCGAGGACGCCGAGGGCAAGGACGGCGAGGACAGCGUGUGCCUGUCGGCGGGCAGCGACUCAGAGGAGGGGCUGCUGAAGCGCAAACAGAGGCGCUACCGCACCACGUUCACCAGCUACCAGCUGGAGGAACUGGAGCGGGCCUUCCAGAAGACGCACUACCCGGACGUCUUCACCAGGGAGGAGCUGGCCAUGAGACUGGACCUGACUGAGGCUCGAGUCCAGGUGUGGUUCCAGAACCGUCGGGCCAAGUGGCGCAAGCGAGAGAAGGCUGGCGCGCAGACCCAUCCCCCGGGGCUGCCCUUUCCCGGGCCUCUCUCGGCCACACACCCCCUCAGCCCCUACCUGGAUGCCAGUCCCUUUCCACCGCACCACCCUGCGCUUGACUCGGCCUGGACCGCUGCGGCUGCAGCGGCUGCAGCCGCCUUCCCGAGCCUACCUCCGCCUCCUGGCUCGGCCAGCCUGCCGCCUAGCGGGGCGCCGCUGGGCCUGAGCACUUUUCUAGGAGCAGCGGUGUUCCGGCACCCGGCCUUCAUCAGCCCAGCGUUUGGCAGACUUUAUGUUCCUCAUCACUUAUAUGACCUGAUGCCAGCAGUACCCCCAUACGUGCAGACCCUGACCCUGACAGCAGUACGAGACCAGGAAAUAUAUGAGCUACCUCAUCGCAUAUAACUCCCUUUCCUUAAGUGAACACUGAUGAAAUAAAACAAUCUGUAUAAUCACACAGACAAAGAAACAAAGGAGGGGUGUAUUAAGUUGGAAAGUGCAGUGAAAAUAAAAUUGAAUGCAGCUUCAAUGAUCUCUCUUUGGGAGAACAAAGAAAUAAUAGAUUCACCCAACUGCGCAGCUACUUAACAAAAAAAAAAUUAUCCUCGAGAAAAUUGAAAGUAGGACUUGAGGCAAAAAUUAAUGUACUAAACCACGAAAAUAUCUAGCGAGUGCCUUAAAGUGCACUUAAGUGGGGUGACUCAGUUUACCUAAUGGAACGAGGGCACGUUACGCCCCCUCCAGGUCACCCAUUAUCCUUUCUUUCUGAAAAAAAAAAAAAAAAAAGUCCUGUGUCUCCUUCCUGCUUUCCUCCCCUCCGACAACCAAAGUCUGUUAGUAAAACUAGGCGAACCCCCGCUGCAACACCCACCGGAGCUUCGGCGAGGUUGGAAGGCGUGGAGGGUGGGGUUGGCACGGUGAGUGGAGAGGACUGGAGAGCAGGAGCAGUGGCUCCAAGAGCCCAGGUGGGCUCAUUUCUAAUUGAGGAAAUUCUGAAUUGGCCCCUGGAGGGUCUGGAGCAGGAACCCUUGCAGGGGGGGGCCGAGGGAUUGGAAAAACACACCUGAUGGCCCCGGGUGGAGGUGAGGGCCCGGGGCGCUCUAGCCUCAGCCGCAGGUCAAGGACGUUUUGAGGAAGGAUUGAGAGUAAUCCCCACGCGCAGAGUAAUCCCAGUGCCACCCGGAGGCGGUGGCGCAGACGCUGGCACUAGUCCCAGCUUAAGGCAUUGGCUUGAGUGGUGCAAGGGGCUCCCCAAGCCUGGGAACUAUCUGGGGGAGGUGUCUGGGGCUCCAGGAAGGCGGUGGGGAAAGAGAGUCUAGGUGCGGGGCCGCGGCAAGUCCCAGCCGCUGCCUGUGGAGCCGAAAUCAACAGGCGGGCGCCCGACAUCCCAGCCCUGGGCACCAGCAGUUUAGAAGCGCUCAGGGGGGUGGCUGGGCCAGCGCUAGCGGACCGGACCGGAAGACCAGCACUCACGGCCAGCUCUUCCUGGGCGAAAGGAGGCUCACACUCAGAAAGAGCCCCAGAGAGAGUUUGCAGCAUGGGUCUAGGGUAGUUUCUAGCCUACUUUCUGCACCCCUCCCCCAUUAGCCUUUUCCUUCU